GAGCGCGCAGGCGCAGCUGGUGAUUCGCAGAGCUGGGAGUAGCGGCGCGGGACGCCCUGUUCACUGAAGUUUGUGCCGUGCCAGCAGGGCCAAGGGUGAACCUGAGGAGUGGCAGUGAAGGAUUAAAGAAGACAGGCAAGAGAAUACAGCUGGGGCUCAGCAGAUCUCCCAUACCUGGAUGAGGACACACAAAGACCCAGCCUGCAAGCCGAAGCUUUAUUUUAUAGUCAGAUCACACAAAGCAAAACAAGGGUAGUGGUCAACAUGUUUACAAUGUUCUUAAUCAUCAUCCAAGGACCUUCCAGAGACCACAAGAAAACAUGGGGAGGAUUUUCCUCACGGGAGGAAAAGCAAAUACGGUACUAAAACGCUACCCAAGAGCUAAUGGACUUUUUGAAGAAAUAAGACAGGGAAAUAUUGAGCGUGAAUGCAAAGAAGAAUUCUGCACAUUUGAAGAAGCAAGAGAAGCUUUUGAAAAUAAUGAAAAAACUAAAGAGUUUUGGAACACCUAUACAAAAGCGCAACAAGGUGAGAGUAACAGAGGAAGUGACUGGUUUCAGUUUUACCUCACCUUUCCAUUAAUCUUUGGCCUCUUUAUUAUCCUCCUUGUCAUUUUCCUAAUCUGGAGAUGCUUCCUAAGAAACAAAACUCGCAGACAGACAGUGACUGAAGAUCACAUCCCUUUCCCUCAGCACCUUAAUAUUAUCACUUCACCUCCCCCACCAGACGAAGUGUUUGAUAGCAAUGGAAUGUCGCCAGGCUUUCUGGAAUAUGUAGUUGGGCGCUCAGAUUCUGUCUCCACUCGCCUUUCCAACUGCGAUCCUCCACCAACCUAUGAGGAAGCUACAGGACAGGUGAACCUUCAGAGGAUUGAAACAGAACCUCAUUUAGACCCACCCCCGGAUUAUGAGGACAUCAUCCACUCCAACUCAGCCAGUGCUAUUGCUAUGGUGCCUGUGGUCACCACCAUCAAAUGAAACAGCAAACUUCUUUUUACUAUAAUCGUUUUUAGAAUACAAAUAAAAGAACUGUCUACCACUUUACCACUACAUAAAUAUGCAUUGACUUAUUUUAUUGGACUCUGACAGCAUACCACUUUACAUUUUCUAAUUUGAUUUUAAUUAGUUGUGUUUCCUACUGUAAAAACAUUAUCCAUGCUCAUUUUAGGUAAUAGGAAUAUGUGAAAAGGGGAAAACAGUGGUCUUUUUGUGAUGUGAUGAAUUAUACAUAUGUGUGUAUGUGUAUUCAUGCAUAUCCUAUAUAAUAAAGAGGUAAUAUGCAAAUUGAUCAUCACACCCUCCCACAAGAUGGCCGGCCGGGGAGGGCAGUUGUGGGCGAUCAGGUUAGCAGGGCAGGGCAUGGCAGUUGGGUGCGACAAGGCCUGCAGGGGAGGGAGGGCAGUUGGGGGUAACCAGGCCAGCAGGGGAGGGCAGUUGGGGGUGACCAGGCCUACAGGGGAGGGCAGUUAGGGAUGACCAGGCCGGUAGGGGAGAGCAGUUAAAGGUGACCGGGCCGGUAGAGGAGCAGUUAGGCAUUGAUCAGGCUGGCAGGGGAAUGGUUAGGGGGUGAUUAGGCUGGCAGGCAGAAGCAGUUAGGGGCAAUAAGCAGGCAGGCAGGCAAGUGGUUGGGAGCCAGCAGUCCCAGAUUGUGAGAGGGAUGUCCAACUGCCGGUUUCGGCCCGUCCCGAGGGGUCCCAGUUUGGAGAGGGUGCAGGCUGGGCUGAGGGACACCCCUUUCCCAGUGCACAAAUUUCACGCAAUGGGCCUCUAGUAUACAUAUAUGCAUAUAUACCAGUGCAAUGUGUUAAAUAGCGAUUAACUUCUGUCUAAAUCACCUGUAAAUUACUCACCAAAAUGGGGGUAGGGGACACCGUCAAGUUGUGUAGUAGAUAACGAUGUGCUGUUCAAUUUUGAAAAUAAGAUGAACUUAAUAUGUUUUCUGUUUCUUACUGGCUUUUGUUAAACUUUUUCUUCAACUACCUUAAUAGAAAAAAAUGCAUGUAGUCCAUCUUGAUUUUUGGAACAUCUCAGAAAUACAGAGGGAAGGGACAGUAAACAACACCUUGCUUAUAGUGUAUAGCAAGAAAAUUAUUGGUAAUUAGUGGCAUUUGGCUAAUUUUGUAGGAGGGAGUUUUUUGUUGUUGACUGUCCCACCUCCCAGUUAAACAGUGUUUGCUUACUAAUUUUGAGUGUCUCAUGCUAUUUGUAUUAACAUCUUGGUGGUGAGGAUUUCCUGCCAACAGAAUAAUUUAUAAAGUACAUAUAUGUAUUAAUGACAGUGAAUAGAUAAAGAUUUCUCCUUUGCUCUUUGGUGACAGUAAUUAUUUUCUUCUCAUUGUUUCAUUGCUUUUUACUCUACUUUCUAUUCCUCCUACCAGCACAGAAUUGUCAAGUACCUAAGAAUUUAGUUAAAGUAAUAUUCUUGAAAUUAUUUUCUUAAUGCUUUUGUAUAGACUGAAGUCUUUGUCUCAAAAUGAUUGAAGCAAUUUCCCAUUAAAUUAAGAAUUGUGAUUUUUACAUUGCUCUCCAGUUGGUGGAGGAAGAGUGCAAAGUCUGUUGUGCCAGGUGCACAAUAAAUCUAGUUAUAAUAGCUUCA